AUGCGUGCCUUUAUUGUUUUAGUUGCAUUGUGUGUAGUAGCUGCUGUUGUGGCUUUAGAUGAUCAUGAUGAUGAAAAACCUCAGGGUAGGACAUUUGGAUUGCUUGAAGGUGCAUUAAGCUCUACACUUGGAUUAGGUGGUGGAUACGGUGGAGGCUAUGGUGGUGGAUAUGGUGGUGGAUAUGGCGGUGGAUAUGGCGGUGGCUAUGGUGGAGGAUAUGGUGGCGGAUAUGGAGGUGGUUACGGUGGUGGAUACGGCGGAGGAUAUGGGGGUGGAUACGGCGGUAAUGUGGUACCAGGAUAUGGUGGCAAUUACUAUAGACCGCAGCCGUCUUUUGGAGGAUUUGGCAGUGGUGGUUAUGGAAGUGGUUUUGGUGGAGGUUACAACGGACAUGUGAGUGGACAUUAUGGAGCAUCAUAUGGUGCUUCUUAUGGAGGAGGCUAUGGUGGGGGCUAUGGGGGUGGUUAUGGGGGGCAAUCUGGAUUCUUUGGUUAA